AUGGCACUCAAAACCAAGCCCAAAGCCCUCUUCUUCGACGUCUUCGGUACCUGUGUAGACUGGAGGACGUCGGUCACAGAUGCACUAUGGAACGCAGCAAGAAUGGCAUUGAACGAUCCGACUUCCUCCAUCGCAACGAGGAUACGGAUGGUGGCGACUGAUAUGACAUAUGAGCAAUGGGGCGAAAUAGCACAAGAAUGGCGCAACGGCUACCUCACCUUCGUCCGCGCCAUCGCCACCGGCGAGCUCACCGACUUCAAAACCAUCGACGCCCACCACCUCGAAUCUUUGCACUCCAUCCUCACCUCGCACAACCUCAUCUUCCCGCGCCAACCCGCCGACGCCACGCCGGACAUGCUCGCCCACGACGGCUCCCUCUGGGACGAACCCACGCUCCAACAACUGAACAUGGUCUGGCACCGCCUCGCCCCCUGGCCUGACACUGUAGCCGGGCUUGCCGCGCUGAACCAGCUGGGCUUCGCCACUUGCACGCUUUCCAACGGGAAUGUGAGUUUGCUCGAAGACAUGGUCACUUUCGGCCAAAUGCCCUUCACGCACAUCUACUCAGCCGAAAUGUGGCGGAGCUACAAGCCCGAUCCGAAAGUCUACCUCGGCGCGGCGGAGAAGAUGGGCGUGAAGCCCGAUGAGUGCGUGUUGGUGGCGGCGCAUUUGGACGAUUUGAAGGCGGCGAGGGGGUGUGGGUUUGGGACGGUUUAUGUGGAGCGGCCGCGGGAGGAGAGGAGGCCCGAGUUGAGGGGGGAGGGGUUGCCGGAUGUGUGGGUGGGCGAGGGGGAGGAGGGCUUUGUGGAGGUGGCGAGGAGGUUGAGGGGGGAGGUGGGAGGGUGA